CAGUGCUACGGGUAGGGUGUGUUGUGCUCCAUCACUCAGCCCCAAGCUUAAGUCGUUAAAGUCAGAUUUGGUGGUGGUUUUAAAGGGUGGUACAAGUUCAAGUUCAACGCGCGGGCGCGUGAAGAUCUCUUCGAAGACUGCUGGAAGUUUAUUCGGUUGGAGAUCACGGUGAAGUGGACCACCGACAACAAUGCUGACGAGCAAAGCGCACCUGCUGAUGACCGUUUCGGUUGUGGUCCUAUCGUCGUCGUUUGUGGUGCAAGCGCAGAUGACCAAAAAGCGCUGCAUGAGCCAACCGAAUGUCUCCAAAAAGGUGGACAAAGUCAUACACGAGUGCCAGGAGGAGAUCAAAAUGGAUCUUAUUGAAGAUGUGAUUCGAGCCUACAAGGAAGACUGGCAUGACCGUAAGAAGCGGGAAUCUCACGAGGACGACUUUCAACAUCCAACGAUUGUGUCGCACGAGGAUAAGUGGAUCGCUGGGUGCCUAAUGCAGUGCGUAUACCGGAAGAACAACGCUAUCGACAAGAACGGCUGGCCCACGUUGGACGGUCUGGUAAACCUGUACACGGACGGAGUGAACGAGCAGGGUUACUUUAUGGCCACCCUGAGAGGCGUUGACCGCUGCUUAAAGGGAACAUCGAUGAAGUUCAAAGUGCGAAGGAACGAUGUGGCGGAACAAUUCGAGCAGUGCGGAGUCGCGUUCGACGUUUUCGACUGCAUUUCGGACAUGAUUACGAAUUACUGCAGUGACCAGCCGCAUCACGAGUUCAACUGAAAGUCAGCGGUGCAGCGUUAGUUAAAUUAUAAGUACCUAAUUAGAGAAAAUGUAAAGUUAUGAUUAGUUUAAGGUGGCAAAGUGAUGUUAGUAAAAUCGAUAAGCAAU